AGCAUAUCAUUCCUAUUUUCCAGAACGACUUGUCUUGUCUGCAAAGCAAAUAAAAAGCAGCACAAGAUGUGAAAUCUCAUCCGUUGAUGCAGCGGACGAUUAAAUUAUUGCCACGUGUCCCUCAUAGUAGGAAAUCGUGGCCGUCCAUCCUGAGCAAACUCCAACGUUCUUCCCCUGGACCCCCAAGUUGGCUGUUCCCAUUAGUAAUAAAUCAUGGCCGUCCAUUAUGAUAAAUCUGAUACGUCCAUUCUUUACCCUCGGUUCUUACUGUUUAGAUCAGCCAUGAAGUCCCCCAUUCCUUCAGCAUUUGCGUCCGUGUCAAUGGUCUUUGUCGACGGGGAAAAGAUAGUUCUGCGGGAGAAAACAUCGUUGCGAAGCCUCAUUGCGGUGUCUGGGCUCUGAUCUCCAUGCCAUCACGCGCCUGAAUAAUUCCCUUUGCUGCUGUUUGCUCUGUUCUCUGCCGGUUCUUUGAAUUCCUUCCCACCUCUUCGAUUCUGCUCUCUCCUUCAUCGGAUUGAGUCUGGAAACUAAAGAUGGUUCCUGAAGAAGUUAUGAAAGCUAUUUUCCCUUUGCUGGAGGGUGUUGAUCUUGCUUCCUGCAUGGUAGUAUGUAAGCAGUGGAGAGACAUAGCCCGAGAUGAUUACUUUUGGAAAUGUCUUUGUGCCAAGAGAUGGCCCUCAAUCAACAAGCGACCUAAUCCUCCUACUGUGAACUACUAUAAGUUAUACCAAAGCUUUUAUAAACGCCAGCGUCGAAAAACUCUUCUCCCUCCCAGAAUUUCCUUUGAAGAUUUGGAGUUCUUCAUUGACAUUUGGGCUGAGAAUAGAUUACUUUUCUCGGAAGUGGUUCCUGGCUCCGUGCUGCAGCAAGGAGUUAAAAUUCCACCUCCUGGAGUUUGUGAAAUGCUUAAAUAUCACUUGGAUGGCCCUGAAUUUAAGAUGACAUUACCUGUUGAACCUAGGAUUACCGUAUCUUCGAACCAGACUGCAACAGUUAGUGUCUCUGUGUUGGCUGGGCGGAAGGAUUCAAAUAAGGUUGCUCGCAUCAUUAAUAAGUCUACGUUUGAUUACAUUGAUCAGUCAUCUUACAGGGCCUUGGCUUUUGAUUAUCUCGACAUAUCUCCUGCCUAUCCCUUUUUGUCUGGCAUCCGGGCAUGGAUCUCUCUGCUAUUUAUGGGAGAUGGAAAUGAUGGAGCCAUGGAUGUGUUUGGUAUACAGAUGGAUUUCUGUGAUGUGGCAAACACCAAGGAAGAAGUCCUGUGGCUAUUGGACAUGCUUGAUUGGAAGUAAAAGGCUUGAAGUGUGAUGAUAGAUCCCUAAACUAAAAUAACUGGAAGUAAUGCCAACAUCCUGCGCUGAUCUUCUUAGAGGUUUUACAUGACUUCAUAAUUGGUAUUAUACCUUGAAUGUUCACAUUCUGUAAAUACUUUAUAUGCUCACCAUCAUUAAUGAGUACAAUCUUUUAUUUAUUUAUUAUUUUUUGGCUUGGAUGCACUAAGUUGGCCAAGUUAGAAGGUUCCAACAAGAUUGUGAGGGCUUGUGUUUUGUAUAAAAUUGAGGGUCAGUCAUAUGUUUAGGACUUGUAAAUCAUAUGGUUUCUUAUAAAUUUUAUAUUGUAUAAAGCUUUUUGGAUAGAUGUUGAUACACAAA